AUGCUGCUUGUUCCGCUUCUCGCACUGGCUCCUCUCGUGCCCACAGCUCUGGCCUGGGGCGCUGCAGGGCACGAGAUUGUAGCUACCAUCGCUCAGGUCCACCUCUAUCCCGAGACAAAGGAAGCUCUCCUUCACAUUCUCCCGCCAGAGGCGAAAGGUCAUCUCGCUCCUAUAGCGGCCUGGGCGGACCAAGUGCGGAUGCGAUGGCGAAAUGGCGCCAUGCACUACGUCAACGGUAUCAACGACCACCCGGCAGACCACUGCGAGUUUGGCGAGGAUGGCUGGGCGAACGAGGACGUCAACGUCUUGACAGCCAUUGCCAACUUCACCGGCCAAGUUAUGAACGGGAAAGGCGACAUCCCGAUCCGCUUCUUGACGCACUUUGUGGGCGACAUGCAUCAGCCGCUGCAUCUGACUGGGCGAGACAAGGGUGGCAAUGGCGCAAUGUUCCUCUUUGAGGGGAGACACCGCAAUCUUCACUCCGUGUGGGACUCUGGAAUCCUCACCAAGAACAUCCGGGAGCUGAGCAACUAUACGACGCCCCUUCCCUCCAAGCAGAUUGAGUCCGCCCUACUCGGCGCCAUCUUCGACCCGUACGUCAGGUUCAUCCUGUGGGAAGGGAUGAGGGGAUGGUGGUCCAACUCCAUUGAGGGCUGGCUCGCUUGCCCUGCCGGCGGAGACCCCUACCCUCACUCCUCCGUCUCCAACAUCCCCGCACCCGACCUUUGGCUCAACACCGUAAAGGGCUACACCGCUUCCGCCCUCAAACUCCUCCCAUCCCCACUCUCGGCCUUCUUGGCAGAGAUGAUCCCCCUCCAGGCCGUCGAGGGGUUCAGCAAUGACCUCCUCGCUCUUCACCCCACCAACGUCAAGGCCUCUAGCCGAGCGCCGUUCCCCGCGUGCCCGUACACAUGGGCCAAGCCGCUCCACAAGCUGAACUGCGAGUCAGCGUGGCCGAAAGAGUACACUGGUUCCCCCGGAUCGCCACUUAUUGAGCUCGACACCGACGUGUACCUCGGCAAGCUCGCGCGGGACAACACGAUGGAGAUGCUGCUUGCGAUGGGCGGAGUGAGACUGGCGCAUCUCCUCAAUACGGCGUUGAGCGGUAAGGAGGGGGUGUAUCUCGCGUACUAG